AUGACAGAAUUUACCCAUUUAGAUAUUUCGAGAGCAGCAAAAGUACGCGAAGAGAAGAUUGCACCCUGGGUACAAGUUUCCAACCCAAAGAUUUCAAGUGAAGGAGAAUUUCUCCUGCCCAUUAAACCACUGAUUGACAGUGGAGUGCUGCCUCCCAGUGCAGAAGAGAGUGGAAGUGCACACGAUGCAAUAGGAAACCUCACUAACAAGAUAAGUUGCCAGCACCCAGUGUUGAAAGUCAUAGGCAACAAAAAUGGGAUCCAGUUUUCUGUAGAUCGAGCACUUCUAAUAAAGAGUGUCCUGUCCAAAGUACAAGAGGACAGAGACCAGUAUGGCAGACACAGUGAGUUAUUUAGCAGAAACAAAGGAGAGAAGGUCAUCGUGGAGUACAGUUCUCCCAACAUAGCCAAGCCCUUCCACGCAGGUCAUCUCAGGUCAACCAUCAUUGGGAACUUCAUCGCUAGGCUGAACCACGCCCUUGGCAACAAGGUGGUCAGGAUCAACUACCUAGGUGACUGGGGGGUUCAAUUUGGUCUCCUGGCAGUAGGUUUUCAGCUGUUUGGUUCAGAGGCAGCCCUGCAGAGAAACCCUAUACAACAUUUAUUUGAGGUGUAUGUAAAAGUAAACCAGGCUGCUGAGGAGAGAGAAGAAAUUCACAGACAGGCUCGAGAAGUCUUCAGACAUCUGGAACAUGGGGACCAGGCAGCCUUGUCACUGUGGACACGGUUCAGGGACUUAAGUGUAGAAGAAUACUCCAGGAUAUACAAGAGACUAGGAGUCCAGUUUGAUGAGUACUCUGGUGAGUCCAUGUACUCAGAAAGGUCACAGAAGGUCAUCUCACAGCUACAGCAAGCAGGGCUGCUACAGACAACUCAAAGGGGAACUGGAGUUGUGGACCUGUCUGAAGACAACAGUAUGUCGUUCUACAGUACCGUCACCAGGAGUGAUGGCACAUCUCUGUACAUCACCAGGGACAUUGUUGCAGCCAUAGACAGAUAUGAGAGAUACAAAUUUGACAAGAUGUAUUAUGUGGUAGACAAGAGCCAAGAAGACCACUUCUGCCAGCUAUUUAAGACACUAGAGAAGAUGGGACAUACCUGGGCAGACAGGUGCCACCAUGUAAAAUUUGGAAGAGUCCAAGGCAUGAAGACCAGGAGGGGGGAGGUGGUGUUGUUAGAAGACAUCCUAACAGAAGCCCAGAGACAGAUGUUGGACAACAUGCAGCAGGCUGCUACCACCAAACACAUGGAUGACCCAGAGGAGGUUGCCGAGACAGUGGGGAUUACAGCAGUGUUGGCUCAGGAUUUCCGUGGCAAGGUUCUGUCUGACUACAAGUUUGACUGGAACAGAGCUCUGCAGAGUAAAGGGGACACUGGUGUGUUUCUACAGUAUACACAUGCCAGGCUGUGCAGUUUAGAACGUGAAAGCGGGAUGUCAGUACCAGCCAGCUGUGACCCUGCCCUCUUGCAGGAACGACAGGCACUGCAGCUGCUGCAACAGAUAGCUGGGUUUGACCAAGCUGUUCAUAAAGCCUUGACUGACCUGGAACCCAGACACAUCCUGUCUUACACUCUACAGCUCAGUCACCUUGUGGCAGCAGCACACAGGUCACUCAAGGUCAAGGACAGCCCAAACGAAGUGGCAAAGGCUCGUCUGCUAUUGUUUCAUUCUGCCCGUGUGACAUUAGCCAAUGGGAUGGCUCUCCUCUGUAUGACACCUGUGGAUAGGAUGUGAUGUUGACCAAUGGGAUAGCUCUCCUGUGGACAGGAUGUGAUGUUGACCAAUGGAAUGGCUCUCCUCUGUAUAACACCUGUGGACAGGAUGUGAUGUUGACCAAUGGGAUAGCUCUCCUGUGGACAGGAUGUGAUGUUGACCAAUGGAAUGGCUCUCCUCUGUAUGACACCUGUGGAUAGGAUGUGAUGUUGACCAAUGGGAUAGCUCUCCUGUGGACAGGAUGUGAUGUUGACCAAUGGAAUGGCUCUCCUCUGUAUAACACCUGUGGACAGGAUGUGAUGUUGACCAAUGGGAUAGCUCUCCUGUGGACAGGUUGUGAUGUUGACCAAUGGGACUUCUGUAUGACACCGGGUGACCGGUGGACAGGAUGUAAUGUAACAGUUGAACAAUGGAAGGCUGUCUGUAUGACAGUUGUGGACAGGAUUCCAUGCUGCUAUGUUGUACCACACUACUCUUUCUUAGGCCACACCAAUUUAAUUUGUUGGUUCUCGGAUUGUUUUAGAAAAAAUUUGAAGCGAC